AUGAUCUGGCCAUUUUUUCUUUGCUUUGCUCUCGUUGGGUUCCUUUUCCUUGCGUACUCCCUGCUGACAAGUGCACUGACAAUUGGCGACCUGUUUGCUUACCAGACCAUGAGCAGCCUUAUGAUUGUCAAAGCGUGGUACGGAUUGCGACACUAUGGUGCAAAUACCAAGCUACUGAUCAUCAACCUGGGUAUUCAAAUCAAGUGGGUCUUUGACUGGUAUUUUUGCCUUGCGCCAGCUGCACUUGCGAUAUGCGGCAUCAUCCUGCUCGUUGCUUGGGGCUUUGCAAUCUACGAUUUCGUGCGAUCCCUCCUAUACUUCGCCAGGUAUGCAUGCCUCGUCGCCUUUGAGGUCAUCACCAGCACUACUGUCAAAACUGUUUGCUUCAUUUGGACACCUAUUACCACCACCAUCUCCUUUGGGUGCCCGUAUGCAAUCGUUUGCGUCAGCAUCUAUCGCGACUUCCUUCGGAGGUUUCUCAACUUCGUCAGUCCAGUCGUGAGGGAGCACUAUGCCGAGCUAACUCCUUUGUCCGAUGUUUGCGAACCGAUCGACACUGGCCACCGAAAGCCGUUGCCCUCCUCGCUUUGCCCCCAAUGCCUCCAUGGACUUGUCGAGUGCUUCCAUUGCACCUACCAUGGCAUGGCAGAAAAUCCAUGGGUGUGCGGGAACGCCCUUCGACCCAAUGCCAACGAGAGGCCUAUGCCGUGGAAAUUCUGGAUGUGUCGUAACCUCCAUUUGGCGUUUUCUUUGUACGACGAUGCUCUUGCCGCCAUUUAUGCUCGGCUUCUCCACCUUCACGUUUGGGCCACUCUCCGUUGCCUGCAGUAUCGUAGUGGUGAAUACAUCGUCAUUUACGUGUGCAAUUUUGGUUUGAUCAUGACACGCAAGGCCCUAUACUACUUUAUUGGCUUUGCUACCAUUUGGCAAAUCGUGUACAUGCUAACCAAUAGCAUCGCAGUUGCUGCCGACCCGCAGGAGACCACCCCUGCCUUUGAUGGCCAGCGUGACUCUUUCGUUGGUUGGUAUAUGCUCUUUACCGGGUACGUCGCGUGGAAGGCUACCGACGCCUACACUAUCGCCGAUGGUUCCGAAACGAAGCCUGAACCGCCCGCAGGAGAAGAACCAGUCAUAUCUGCGCCAAAUAUCAGCAGGGAAGGGGCAGUCACCAAUCAGGCAACCAUCACCGCUGAGACUCGGGCUCGUGACGCUUGGCGCAAACGAACCAAGAAAGUUGAGAAUUGGGAAGAACGCAACCGCAAGCUAUAUGGGCUACUAAUCACCGCCAUGCCAACGUGGCUGCGUACUUCCCUUUUCAACUCUCACUCUGGUGACGGAAGGGCUGCGAUCGUUUACCUACAAUCCACAUUUGAUGCUGGAAAAGGGAAGGGCAAUGAUCAUGCUUACCACCUCGAGCGGCUCACUCGGUCAGUCAUCGAGCCCCGUCGGGAGAUUGACGAGAAGGAUUUACAGAGUCAAUAUGAUUGGAUUAUGACUUGCAAAGCCGCCAUCGAGCGCACUGAGGAAGAUGUGCCCGGAGAAGCUACCUUGAUUGCUUUCUUCGACAACGCUCUUCCACAUUCGUACAGCUCCAUUCGGCAACUUGUGCGCCGUCAGAAACAUGAUACGCUGCUCAAGCAUUAUACCGAUUACCAGGAUAUGGUCCGCGGGGAGCUUGCCUCACGUCGCCCUACGCCGUCCGCCUAUAACGCCAAUCAGGGCAAUGCCAAUCAGGGCAAUGCCAACCACGGCAGUGUGCCAAGCCUCCGACUCAGUGUCCACUCUGUGGUGGCGACCAUCUUGGUGCUUUCUGCCCCAAGGCUCUUUGGCUAUGUCUGCAACGCCGCCUAUGGCGCCAUCGCUCCUCCCACGAUUGCUCCUCCCCCUGGGAUAGCUUCUGCAAUUUGGUCUUUUGUUGACUCCAUGUCUACGCAUUUUAUCGUGCCCGACAUCGCGAUGUUGCACACUGUGACUGACCCGUCACCCGGUAUUGGCGUCGACACCGCCAACGGCCCCUCCUAUGUCGAGGCCAUCGGCACCGCCCUAAUUUGGCUUUAUCAUGGUGGCACUGUUGGCUGGAUAUGCUACGAGUUACCCCAUGUGCUCGUAAUGCCCAAUUGCGACGCCGUGCUUUACUCGACCCGGACAAUGCGCAAUCUGUUUGGAUUUCGACAUGAUUUCGAUUCGUCCAAUCCUGCUAUCAGUUGCCCUGGGCGCCCGAAGAUCUCCAUCAUUGACGAUGGAUAUGGAUUUCGCAUACCCAUCGCCUUUGUGCGCGCCGGCCGACCGUCUCCGUAUGGGCUCAUCCGCAGUAUGGCUGCCGUCGCCGCCGCCGCCCUCCAUUAUGGCCCUGGGCUCGCCCAGUCGACGCUGUACCAUCGACUCGGUUUUCCGUAUCUCGAUCAGUGGCGUCGUACUCUGGAUUCGAUCACCGGACACGGGCUCCCCGCCGAGGCGUCGCUCACCAGCGUUCCCGUCAGCGAUGCCAUCAUUCGCGGCCGCUCUCGCGCUUUGCCAUUCCAUCGGAACCUUGAUGGUGAGCAGCCUGCGCCUGGCGCCGUAUUUUACAUGGAUGGUGCUGGUCCGCUCAUUCCCAGCUUUCCUGAUGGCUACGUGUCUUACUGUGUCGCUGUCGACGCCGGGUCCGGUUUCGGACGUAUUUGGCCGUCGCAUCGUGCCCAGCUCGACGCCGCCACUGCAGCCCGCUGCCUCGAGGCCUUUAUUGCCCAGCAGAAUUCCCAUGCUGAGCGCUUCAUCGGCAUCGUUUUUGGCACCGCUCGAGUUCUCCUCGCCGCCGCCAAUUUGCCGCCUACGUUUCAUCCGUUUGCACUGCAGACCGCUGCAUGGUUACAGAAUCGCCUCCCACGAUCGACGCGCAAUUGGCAGUCGCCCUUUCACCUCCUCAGUCGUACGCUACCAUCCGUCGAGAACGUGUACGCCUUUGGUUGCUUGUGCGCUGCUGUCAUCCCUGUGCCUCGUCGUGAGGGCGACCGCCACCUUGCUGACCGCGGUGGCAUGGGCCUCUACCUCGGGCCCUCCGAAGUCAGCCCUGGACACGUCGUGUAUUUGUUUGCGUCCAAGAUCGUCCAGGUUGUUGCCAAAAUUCGCGUUUGGGAAGAUCAGUUUCCUGGGCUCAAGGGACAUCGGGCCGCGACCAGCGCAAUGUUCGUCCCUCAACCGCCGGAGCUUGGUCACUUUGCUUGCUCGUUCCUGAGUUACUACGUCGUUCCUACUGCGUGCCUCGCCGUCAACAUGUCUGCCGCCCUCAUCUCCAAUGCCGUCUACUGCGAAUCAUGGUGCACUACGAGUGCCUAA